AUGGUGCAUCAUUUCGUCGCCGCCCAUGCGCCUCCUCUCCAGCGCGUCGUCAUGUCCUCCACGCUAGCGCCGCCGCCGGCGCCGCAGUGCUACGCGCGACUCGCGUCUCGUCGCCGCCCCCCACCCCCCACCAGUAGAUCGCGGCUCGCUGCCCCUUCGCAACCGCGCGCAUCUCCCGUCUCCUCCUCCGCCGCGCCUUCCGUCGCUCGUUCCGCCACCGCGCAUACCCAUGGUUCCCGUCGCUCCGCACUCACACCCGCUCCCGCCUCCACGGCGCGCCCAUCGGCGCGGCGCGCGUUGACCUCCCCCGCGGCGGUCCUCGACGUCCCUUCGCAGCGCGCCUCGCCGGCAGCGUGCCGUGCCGCUGCCGCCAGUGCUGCGGAUGGCGCUGACGUGGCAGGGCGGCUGAGCGCGGAGGAGCGCGAGGCUGUGGGCAGUGCUGACGUGGCGAUCAUAACGAACGGGCCGGGCGAGGUGGCGGCGUGGGUGGCGCCCGUCGUGGCGUCGCUGGCGCGCCUUUUCGGCCCCGACCCCCGCCGCCUCCGCAUCUCCCUGAACGCGGUGCUGCUGGCUCGGCGCCUGCGGUACCGCUGCCUCGUGUACUCCGAGGAUGCUGCCCGCUGGCCCUGGCUGGUGGACAUGAGUGCGCUGCGCUCGCCCGUGCUGCUGCCCGCCAUCCCGCCCGCCCUGCUGGCCGCCCGCCGCGCCCGCGUGGUGGGAGACCUCUUCCUCUCCGCCGUCGCGCAGGGGGUGCAAGGGGGGCAGGGGGCGAGGGGCGCACAGGGGGGAAGGGGGGACGAGGGGCGGAGAGGGGAGGAGGAUGAGCAGGGGAGCAGAGGAGAGGGGGAGGGCGAGGAGCGUGAGGUGGUGGUGGGGCUGCUGCCGGGAAGCAAGGACGUGAAGCUGAUGAUCGGAGUGCCCUUCUUCCUCUCCGUCGCCCAUGCACUCAACACCUGCUCUCACGGUCCCCGCAUACGGUUCAUCCUGCCUUUGGCCCCCACGGUGCAGCCGGCGUCGCUAGCACGCUUUGCCUCGCGGCGCCACAACACGCUCAUCGGCCGCCACGCCUGGCUGCCCGCGCGCCUGCUGCCCCCCGCCCCCCCGGGCGCAGGGGGGGAUGCACGGCCCUCUCCGCCAGGGGGGGGAGAGGGGGUCGGGUGGGAGUAUUUAGGGAAACUGGUUGCCGGGGAGGAGGAGGGGGAGGGGGGAGACGGGGGAGGGGUUGAAGGGGAGGAGGGGAGGGAGGGAGGGGAGGGGGCGAGGGGGGGUGAGGGAGUGGAGGUGGAGGUGUGGAGAGCGUUUCCCUCGUAUGCUCUGCUCUCGCAGUGCUCCCUCGCCCUCACCACUGUGGGCACCAACACUGCUGAGCUGGCAGCACUGGGAGUGCCCAUGGUGGUCGUCCUGCCCACUCUCUCACUGGAGCUGUUUCAAGGGGGGGCAGGGGGUGUGUUGGGGUUGCUGCCAGCACUGCUGCCAGCGGGGCCAGCAGCAGCGCUCACUCGCUUCCUCAACGCCUCGCUGCUCCGCUCGCUGCCCUUCCUCGCCUGGCCCAACCGGUGGGCGGGGCGGGAGGUGGUGCCGGAGGUGGUGGGGGAGGUGGGGCCGGGGGAGGUGGCAGCGGUGGCAGCACGCCUGCUGGGGGACGCGCCUGCACUGGACGCCAUGGGGAGCGCGCUCAGGCACGUGGCAAGCGAGUAUGGGGGGGGCAAGGAAAGUGCUGCUGGGGAAGGCGAGGAGGAAGGUGGGGGGAGUGAUGGAGGGGAGCGUGGUGAGGGUGCAGCGGAUGCAAUCGCAGACGCCAUGGCGGCCCUCACCGUCGCCUCCUCUCUCCCCGCGCGCCUAGCUCCGCGCGCCGUCGCGCGCACCUCCGCUCCCGCGUCCUCCCGCGCCGACACUGGCGCAUGCUGUCCUCCUAUCCGCGCAUCCAGCCUCCGCGUGCCCCGCACUCCUCAGACCAUCACUCGGCAAACGCGGACUCCGCGAUUGGUCGUUGCGGCUGCGGGCGACAGGAUUUGCGACAGCAGCAGCGAUGCUCGCGCGCCCACCUCCCCUCGUCCCUCGCGCCUUCCGCUCGUCCUGGUCGGUCUCGUCGCUCUCCCAGCGCUCCCAAUUCUUCCUCUCGUCCCGCGUCGCCAUCUCUCGCUCGCCCCGCCAUCCACCGAGUCUCCUCUCCGCGCGCGCAACAAACAUGCGCACUCCCCCCCCCCCCCCCCCCUCGUGCUUCCCUGCCCUGCUCCCCCCCUGUGCGCGCGCUCGCUGUGCGCGGGAGGGCAGGCGGCGGUGGACUGGGCGGCGGUGCGCACGACGGACCAUCUGACGGUGGGCGACUGCAUGUCGGCCGGCAAGCUCGUGUGCGCGCAGCCCUCCACCACCGUCGAUCAAGCCCCUGCUAUCCCAGCAACUACAGUGCUAAUCGUACCCCCCAUGCCCAUGGCACCUGCCAUCUCUCUGUGCCCGCCUGUCCCCAUGCACAUGGCAUGGCAUGCAGGCGUGGGGUCAUCCGGGCCGUCCUCCUCGCUCUUCCCCGAGGCUGGCAGCACGUGGAAGGCGUUCAGGGAGAUUCAGAAGCUGCUGAUAAAGACGCGGGGGCGGGUGGUGGCGGAUGUCAUGACGCCCCACCCGCACACCGUGCACCCCUCCACCAACCUCGACCAGGCCGCCAGGAUGCUGUUGGAGAAUCAGCACCGCCGCCUGCCUGUGGUGGACGACAACGGCAAACUGGUGGGGCUCAUCACUCGCGGCAAUGUGGUGAAGGCAGCCCUGGCUCUCAAACGAGCUGCCGAGAGGGACCAGGCGAAACGUGCUGCUCAGUAA